AUGAAUAUUAAAAAUUCUUUAAUCUUAAUUAUUUCAACAAUCUUUGUUUUAUCAAUGAUUAAUGGUGGUUUAACUUCUGAUCCAACUUGUGUUGGUGCUCCUGAUGGUCAAGUUUACUUAUUCUCUAGUUGGGAUUUCCAAGGUGAACGUUAUGUUUACAAUAUCUCUCAAGGAUAUCUCUCUUUACCAGAUGGUUUCCGUAACAAUAUUCAAUCAUUUGUUAGUGGUGCUGAUGUAUGCUUUGUAAAAUGGUAUCCAAGUGAACAAUAUCAAAUCACUGCUGGUGAAUCUCACAGAAACUAUGCCGCUCUCACUAAUUUCGGUCAAAGAAUGGAUGCAAUCAUUCCUGGAAAUUGUUCAAAUAUUGUUUGUUCUCCAAAAUAA